AUGUCACUUCAUGAAUUGUCUGAUGGUAUUCUUGGAACUAAUGUUAGUUUCAAAGAUAUUGAAGAAGCUUUUGGUGAAGCAGAAUUUGGUGAAAAUGUAAAAGUUACUAAUAUUAGUGAUAUGAAGGUAGGAAUUUGUUGAUCCAAUUUUUUUCUUCCAUCAAACUUUUUCAGGGUUUUAUGUCUCGAAUUGCAUUGAUUGAACCUGACUGGAAAAUUGACACCGGACUCCCGAAAAAGUUCGCCGUGAAAAUAUCUUCGCAGCUAGCAUUCAUGGAAGUUUCCAAACUAACAGGCAAAGCAGAUCUUGAAGAGGAAAAACUGAAAAAACUUGACGAAAAUCUGAAAAUGUUCAAUAAUCGUGAAGUUGACGUUUAUAAUUUAUUGAAUGAUCUGAAGAUUCCGGAAAUUCCUUUGAUCAAGAUCUAUGCGACUAGAAAAUUCAGUGAAUCAAAUACGUUGAAAGCAUUCAUAAUCUCGGAAUAUGUUGAGAAUCUUUCAAAUAUAAAAAUGUAUGAGACAAUUGAUUGUGAUACUAUUCUACCAAUUAUUCGAGGAGCUGCUGCAUUUUCAGCUAUUGGAGAGACUAUUCAAGAUAAAAAGCGGCUCGAAUUUGCAGGAAGUGUUGAUUGUUUUCAAUCAAUAAUUUCUGAUUUUGUUGAUGAAAAUGUUGCCGAGAAUGGUUUCAAAAUAAUGAGACAAACUUUUUCGGAAAAACAUAAGAAUCAAAUAAAAGAACUCUCAAAUGUUACUGAUUUGUAUUUGAACAAGGUUAACAUAUCAAAGAUCAUCGAUAUUGUUGGUGAGUAAAUACUACAUUCCUUUUCAUUUUGAAAUUAUUGAAGAUCAUAAACCAGUAUUGACACAUAGUGAUUUAUGGCAAGCUAAUGUUAUGAUUGUUGAAAAUAAACUCCAUGCAAUUAUUGAUUGGCAAACUGUAUGUUUUGGUUCGCCAGCUCAAGAUAUUGGGUUGUUACUUGUAUCUUGUCUUUCUACAAAAGAUCGAAGAGAAAAACUAGAUUUUCUGCUCGAAGAAUAUUACAACACAUUUUUGAAAAAGAUCGAAGGACAUGAAGUACCUUAUAGUUUUGAACAACUCAAACAGAAUUAUCAAUUGAUGUUUCCUGCUUUGGCUUGUAUGAUUCUUCCUUGGAUUAUGCAAUUAUCAGAACAUAUUCAGGAUGAAGAUUUACAUAAAAAUGUUGUAAGUUUGAAAGAUCUUGUCAAAUCAAUGAUUCGAAUAUCAGUUCUGAUUGUGAUUUGAACUAUCAUAAAAAAUCCAAAUUUCUGAAAAAAAAAUUCGAAAUGUCUGAUAACCGAUUUUAUGAACUUUUCCAGUUAUAUUGAAAGUGAAAUUUUGAUGAUUUGAAAACCGGUUUCCAGUCCAGUUCAAAACACACCAUUUUUUUCAGAUCGAAAAAUGUGUUGGAUUGAUGGAGGAUGUACUAUCAACGCAUCAGAAAAAUCUCGCCGAGUUUCCACAAUUUUUUCAAAGUCUAUAA